CCACACAACCAUUCUAAACUAAAACACAACCAGAAACACAUUGAAACUGUAAUGAAAAUAAAAAUCUUUCCUUUCUCUCUUAAAUUCUUUGAAAAAAAUUCCAUCUCUCUGCUAUCCCCGAUCUGGUGAACAAUUAUAAUGGAAACAAUUCUUUCUUCUCACUCCCUUCAUCCAAUCUUGAAUCCCAAAGCAUCCAUUUCCAAGAACCUUUUGUUACCUUCACAGCAACCAAGACCAGCCUCUCUCUUUCUCUCAAAACCCAUUACUUGUACCCCCAACAAACCCACUUCCCAAUUAGUAAAGCCAUCUUUGGCAGAACCCAGAAAUUGGUUUGUUCAUGCACAGCAAGGGCUAGCAGCAUUAGCUAUCUCUUUGGCACUCAAUUUUUCUCCAGUUCUAUACACUGGCAAUGCAAUUGCAUCGGAGUUUGAUGUGAUAAAUGAGGGACCACCAAAGGAAUCUUAUGUAGUUGAUGAUGCUAAUGUGCUUAGUCGAGUGACAAAAUCUGAUUUGAAGCGCCUUUUGUCUGAUUUGGAGUCAAGGAAGAACUUCCACAUCAAUUUUAUUACUGUUAGAAAACUCACUAGCAAAGCUGAUGCUUUUGAGUAUGCUGACCAAGUUCUGGAGCGUUGGUAUCCUACACUUGAAGAGGGUAGCAAUAAAGGGAUUGUUGUGCUUGUCACGAGCCAAAAAGAAGGGGCAGUCACCGGUGGACCUGCAUUCGUACAAGCUGUCGGAGAAAAUAUUCUCGAUGCUACUGUAACUGAGAACCUUCCUGUUUUGGCUACGGAAGAAAAGUACAAUGAAGCGGUUUAUAGCAGUGCCAAAAGGCUAGUUGCUGCCAUUGAUGGACUGCCAGAUCCUGGUGGCCCCCAGGUUAAGGACAACAAGCGGGAAUCGAAUUUUAAAUCCAGGGAAGAGACCGAAGAGAAAAGAGGACAAUUCAGUCUUGUAGUUGGAGGUUUGUUGGUGAUUGCUUUUGUUGUUCCUAUGGCACAAUACUAUGCCUAUGUCUCCAAGAAGUAAAGGUUAUCUGUAUUAUAAGAUUUGUCUUUCGAAUCCCUUCCUUUGGAUGAGGAAACAUGUAUAACAUCUAGUUAUACCAUCACUCAUGUUAAAUAUGGUUGAUGAGAAACUUGCAAUCCAAGCAGUAGUACAGAUUUUUGGUUUA